CAGAGUUUUCUGCAGCCAGCAACAGCUAUCGCUUGGGUAUUGUGUCUCUGUCUGAUGAGUUUUCGUUCACGUCCUCGUAGCCAACAGUGGCGAAACGAAGCAGACGCGCAGCUCCCAAUCUGGAAGUCUAGCUUUGGUAGCUUUGAUGGCGCUUGGUCUCCAGUCUCCGAAUUUGAAUCGCCACAACAUACCCCGAAUUCAAAGCGCACUUAUCCUAGCCCCAAGUCCACCACAUCCGAGUUUCUGCCGCCGUCGUCAUCCUCAGCAGAAUCCCCUACCGCUGAUGGACGCCGAGCGCCAACCCGGUCUCGGCCUGGCUGCUCACCUUCUACUACAACAUACCAUGAUGAAUCUUCAGAUCCCGAUUCGGAUUUUGAAGCUUCAGGUCAAAAAGGUCAGAAACGCGGCCUCAGCGAGAUCAGUUCAUCGCCGGUCCAACGGACGGUACGCCGGGCGGGUUCGCGACAUUUUUCACAGUCAGACAGUCAACAUGGGCGGCAUGACGCAGACUUCUGUACACAGCGUUGUUUACUGGGCCUGCAGCAGGGUGGUCAGCUCGAUGAUGACUGCCCGAAUGUGAUGCUCCAUAAACAGGGUGGAGACGGUAGGCGGCACACCAUUGAUUCCACAACUUUGGUGCAACUGGUGAAGCGACAGCUGGGUGACAAUAUCGACCGGAACUGUACACCAAUGGGAGACUGUGGAGCAUCAGGAGCGCCGUUCAAGGUCACCUGUGCUGCAUAUGGGUACACUGUUGUUGGAAAAGGCACGACCUCCUGCCGGUGGCCGGAGCUCCUGCGCGAAGCUGAGGUUUAUCAUGUCCUGCAGCAGGCUCAGGGUUCUGCAGUUCCUGUUUUCCUGGGAGCAAUUGACCUAAAGAAAACUUACUUCCUCCAUGGGGCUGGGGCAAUUCGGCAUAUGCUACUUAUGGGGUGGGGUGGGAAGCCUAUCAGCAGUAUUGAGAAUAUGCCUUCUUGUCCAGAAUCCAAUAGGGAGAGUUGAAUCGUGAAAUCUCGAGAUCUGUAAAGAAGAUCCGCUCUCUCGGAGUUUUGCAUGAGGACCUUCGACCGGAUAAUAUUCUAUGGAACACUGAGCUGCGACGGGCACUGAUUAUUGAUUUUCAUUGGGCUAAAUUGGAUCGUCGACUGAAGAGAAAGCGGAUGCCUUCGUGCAGGGUAGAGACGCAGCCGCUAAAACGACUUCAUACCAUUUGCUAAUAAUAAUUGUACAUUAUCGGAGCAUUCUUUUGAGAAGAUCUGUUCCUGGAGUGUUGCGAAUCGGAGUUUCUUGACAUGGGAUUCAUUAUUUUUCUUUUUAGACUGGCGCUUUGGAACACAAGUUGAUAGAGGCCGUAACCUAAUUUAAU